CCAGCCCCAGGAACAGUCCCACAGGAUAUGGGAAUUCAACCUCAGUUCAGAAAAUCCCUGACAUCUGACGCAGGAGGAUUUGUGGGGUUAGUGGAAAUUGCUUUCUCCCGCUGGCCAGAUUACAGACUGCAGCUUCAUUUUUGCAGGGGUAAACAUCCCUCUAAUAACAAACACAGCAAUGAUGCCUUAGGGGAGGACUGACAGCGGCUCCUCACUGGCUCCUUCUCACGGCUUCUUGGGAGAACUGUUUGACUUGGAAAUCUAUGUUGGCUGCCCAGAAUAUGAAAUUUGGCAUCUUCCUUUUGUGGUGGGGAUGGAUUCUGGCCGCUGAGAGCACAGUGCACUGGCCAGGAAGAGAAAUUCAUGAGCCAUCCAGGAAAGGCAGACCUCAGAGGCAGAGACGAGGCGCACAUGACGAUGUCCACAAGCAAGGCAGCCCAAUUCUGAAACGAAGCUCCGAUAUAACCAAGUCGCCUCUCACCAAGUCAGAGCAGCUACUCAGGAUAGAUGAUCAUGACUUCAGCAUGCGGCCUGGCUUCGGAGGCCCGGCCAUUCCGGUGGGUGUGGAUGUGCAAGUGGAGAGUUUGGAUAGCAUCUCAGAAGUUGACAUGGACUUCACCAUGACCCUCUACCUGAGGCACUAUUGGAAGGAUGAGAGACUGUCUUUUCCGAGCACUAAUAAUCUCAGUAUGACAUUUGAUGGCCGGCUUGUGAAGAAGAUCUGGGUUCCCGACAUGUUCUUUGUGCACUCCAAACGCUCCUUCAUCCACGAUACUACCACAGACAACGUCAUGCUGCGGGUACAGCCAGAUGGGAAGGUGCUGUACAGCCUCAGAGUUACAGUGACAGCGAUGUGCAACAUGGACUUCAGCAGGUUUCCCCUGGACACGCAGACCUGCUCCCUGGAAAUUGAAAGCUAUGCCUACACAGAAGAUGACCUCAUGCUAUACUGGAAAAAAGGCAACGACUCCUUAAAGACAGAUGAGAGGAUCUCUCUCUCUCAGUUCCUCAUUCAGGAAUUUCAUACCACCACGAAACUAGCCUUCUACAGCAGUACAGGCUGGUACAACCGUCUAUACAUCAACUUCACUUUACGUCGUCAUAUCUUCUUCUUCUUGCUCCAAACCUACUUCCCUGCCACCCUCAUGGUCAUGCUGUCCUGGGUGUCCUUCUGGAUUGACCGCAGAGCUGUGCCUGCCAGAGUCCCCUUAGGCAUCACCACGGUGCUGACCAUGUCCACCAUCAUCACGGGUGUGAACGCCUCCAUGCCCCGAGUGUCCUACAUCAAAGCCGUGGACAUCUACCUCUGGGUCAGCUUUGUGUUCGUGUUCCUCUCAGUGCUGGAGUACGCAGCCGUCAACUACCUGACCACAGUGCAGGAGCGGAAGGAACGGAAGCUCCGGGAGAAGAUCUCUUGCACCUGCGGACUGCCCCAGCCGCGAGGAGUGAUGCUGGAUGGCAGCUACAGUGACGGGGAAGUGAAUGACCUGAGUGGCUACAUGCCCGAGAAUGGAGAGAAGCCCGACAGGAUGAUGGUGCAGCUGACCCUGGCCUCAGAGAGGAAAAGCCAGAGAGGCAGCUAUGUGAGCAUGAGGAUCAACACCCAUGCCAUUGAUAAGUACUCCAGGAUCAUUUUCCCAGCUGCUUACAUCUUAUUCAAUCUGAUAUACUGGUCAAUUUUCUCUUAGAAUUCUGUACCUCUUACCCUCUUCAUGAUUUCUAUACACCACAGAAACUGUUGUAAA